CAUCCAUUCAUCAGUCCUUUGAACAGCCACUCUAAUGCCAACUAAUUCUACAUUUUUCAAAACAAAACAAGAGAAACAAGGCGAAUAACUAAACAAAAAAUCUGAAGAUUCAAAAAUAAGGAUGAAUUUAACAUUAGCAGCAGUAAUUUACUUAUUGGCUGGCAUUGUUAUAACAGAUGGAAUGCCUCAGAAUAUGCCUCAGAAUGACCGAUGGUGUUGCGCAGUUGCUACACCCUUAUAUGAGAGCUGCCCAUCAGAACAUAUAACUUGCUGUGAAGGGCUUGUCCUGUGGUUAGGCGGUUGCUUUAGAUAUGCCCAAGAAUUUGGAGAGAUAGUGAGAUAUUCAUCAAGGCUGAACAGAAAAGAGCGACAACUAUUUGAGAACAUACAACAAUGGCUGCCAUGGGAUACCAACUAUGAAAAUCGUCUUAAAACAUUGCUGAGAGAUCUUGCUGCCUUGCGGGAAUGAAAACAGGAAAAGUACGAAAUGUCCAAAUCUCAAACUCUAGACUUCAGAUCCUGAUUUAAAGUUAUACAAUAGACAUUUUAUAACUAAACAAUAUCAAAUAUACUGGCAUAUGUUAUUCUAUUAUACAACAUCUAAUCUAAUAUGUUAUCAUCAUCAGCUUGUAUUAAUGGUCAUACCUAGGUCAGUCAGUCACAUAACAUAAAAGAACAGAUGGUAUUCACUGAUCAUGCAAAUAGAACAUCAUCCUUGAUCCAAGGGUAUUUGACUUCUUUCCAUAUUUGAUUUAAAAGAGCAAUGAAGCCUUUUGAUGAACAAUUACCAAGUUCCACUAAUGUACAAUGCAACUUCAUUCAGUGCGAGUAAUGGUGUCAAACUGUCAAAAACUGUUUGAAAACAAGGAAAAUUUCCUUAGAGGGUGAGAAGAAAGAUAAGCACUUCAUAUAUGAAAAUGUUGAUUUUCUAGAAUUUCAAGUGAAAUUUUUGCUGAUCAUCCAUUCCUUACUGUCAUGAAAUAAAGUAAUAUUGCUUUCUGCAUUUUGUAAUUUUCUGGAUCAUGUUUCGGAAGAUGACAUCCCAGUUGCCCUUCAGGCUUUGGGAAAAUCUCUUGUGCAAAAUGUACAGGUAUUUGCUUCAAUAAAAUAAAAUAUUUGUAU